AUGAGUCUUUACCUUGUCAUCAAUGGGCAUAAGCCCAGUUUAUAUCAAACCUGGAAGGAGUGUUACGAACAAAUAGCUGCAUACCCGAACCCCAUCUUCAGAGAUGCAGACGUAACAUUUGAAAGAAACAGCGACGGAAGAAUCCAAAUCUACACCGAUGGAUCUUGCUUUGGUAACGGGACAACGGAACCGGCUGCAGGACUUGGAGUUUACUUUGGACCGAAUCAUCCCAAAAAUCUGUCUCUGCCUUGUGUUAAUAAAAAUACUAAUAAUGGGGCAGAACUAGAAGCAAUACUUCAAUACGACGAUUGGGAGGGAAGAAACUGGUUAACAUCGACAGGUAAGCCCGUCACGUACAAGAAUGGAAUGAUUCAUAUAAAGCAGCUGAUGAAAACUCGGGAUAUCCGUAUCCUUCACGUUCAAAGCCAUCAAGGAGUUUUCGGAAACGAGCAAGCAGACCAACUGGCUCGCGACGGAGCAAGAAGAUCGAGUGCAAUCCAUCCAGGUUCGAGUCAUCGUAACCAGUCGUCCAUCAACUGA